UCUAUUGAUAUCAGCAUGGGUCCCAUCGCCUACGCUUUGUUGUUCAGUCUGGCCGCUGGCCUGGUCGUCGCCGAGAAGUCCGACUACUGUCUGAGUGAGAUCGUCAAGUCGGACCAGCGCAUCCGAUCCCACGGGUAUCCGGCCGAGGCUCACGAGGUGGUCACCGAGGACGGCUAUGUGCUGACCCUGUUCCGCAUCCCGUACUCGCACAAGCUGCAGAACCAGAACCAGAGGCGCCCGCCCGUCCUCCUGCAGCACGGCCUGUUCAGCAACUCGGACUGUUUCCUCUGCUCCGGGCCGGACAACUCCCUGGCCUACCUGCUGGCCGACGCCGGCUACGACGUCUGGCUGGGCAAUGCCCGUGGCAACAUCUACUCGCGGGCCAACCAGAAGAUCUCCCUGAACAGCUACAAGUUCUGGCACUUUGACUGGCACGAGAUCGGCACCAUCGACAUUGCCGCCAUGAUCGACUACAUCAUCGACGUGACCGACUUCCCCAAGGUGCACUACGCCGGGCACUCGCAGGGCACCACCGUCUACCUGGUGCUGCUCUCCGAGCGUCCCGAGUACAACGACAAGAUCGCAACCGGCCACUUGCUGGCUCCCUGCGCCUUCUUCGCGCACGGCACCUCGUUCGUCUUCAACGCCCUGGGACCCUUGGUGGGCACCCCCGGCGGCAUUUGGAACCAGCUGCUGGUGGACACCGAGCUGAUCCCGCACAACAACCUGGUCAAUCGCGUGGUGGACAAUGGCUGCCAUCUCUCGGACGCAAUCUGCAAGAACGCAUUCGUCAUGUUCGCCAACGGUGGCUACGAGAAUGCCAAUUCUAGCUCCAUGUCGGUGCUGGUUGAGACCCAUCCGGCUGGCUCCUCCAGCAACCAGGGAAUCCACUACUUGCAGCUGUGGAAGUCGCACGCGUUCCGCCAGUACGACUGGGGCACGAAGAAGAACAACGAGCUGUACGGCCAGGACCUGCCUCCCGACUACGAUCUGGACCUAAUCACCGCCGAAACACACUCCUACUCGAGCCACAACGACGCCCUGUGCGGCCCCGAGGACGUGGACACCCUGGUCUCCCGGUUCACCCACCUAACGGAGGACCAUCGCGUGCCCGUCCAGAGCUUCAACCACUUGGACUUCAUCAUUGCCAAGAACGUAAAGGAGCUGGUCAACGAUCCGAUCAUCGAGCGCAUCAACGAGUACGAGAGCCGCUAGACACGAUCCCAAAAUAAAUACAGCAAAUGCAAUUUAAUGAA